AUGGGCCACACUGUGUCUGUUUUGGCAGUGAUUUUGGUGAGGGCGCAGACUCUGCCAGGCUCCUGUGCUUUUCAGAAUGGAACCUGUGGGUACGUGUCAGACCCCUCCUACUCCAGAUGGACAGAGAGCCAGGAUGGAGGCUUCAUUGCUGUGGGUCCGCUGCGUGUGGAGGGGAGAGAGAGGGCGGUUCUGGUGAGCCCGGACCUGGAGCUUCAGGACUGGAGCUGUGUGAGGCUGCGGUACCGGAUCACAGGAUCUGGCUCGCUGAAGCUGCAGCUGCGACCCGAGGGGGAGAGUUUUGACCACACGCUGUGGGCUGCAGACACACCCUCUGAUGGCUGGCUCCUUGCCAGCAUUGACCUGUGGAACACAUCUGACCCCUGUAAGGUCGUGUUGGAGGGCACAGGCCACGGCCCGCACAGCACAGCAGCUAUGUCUGAGAUUCGCAUUGUACCCGGAUACUGCAUGGAGUGCUCCUUUGAGGAAGCCCACAUGUGUGGCUACAGAAACCAGGGGAACUCCAUUGUUAACUGGAAGUUGGGAGGACCUGACCGAGACAGCCACGUCCGCCUGCCAAAUGAUGACAGCGUGGGAAAUAGAACAGGCCACUACAUGUAUGUGGACUCAAUCAAUGCGAGUAGACCCCAGGAAGUGGCCAGGCUGGCGUCUCCCAUGACGACGACGCCGCUGUCCGGCUGUCUGUCCUUUUAUUACCUGCAGAACCCUGAGAGCGGCAGCUCACUGUCUGUGUUCACCCGGGACCAGCUGGGACAGGGUGAGGAGAUCUGGAGGCCAGACACCCCCAACACAGCGCUGUGGGCACUGGGACAGGUGGACAUCAAGGCUCCGUACCCACUGGAGGUGGUGUUUGAAGUGGCCUUUAACAAACCCAACGGCGGAUAUGUACUGCUCGAUGAGAUCUCCUUUUCCCCUGAGUUCUGCAGCACCGACACAGAGUUCAUCUUUGACCCCUCGACUGCAAACUGCGACUUUGAGUCGGGGUUCUGUCGGUACCGCCAGGAUCAGAGGGCGGGGUCAGUGUGGCAAAGAGUGGCAGUCAAACCCAACAUCUACAGAACAGGAGACCACACCUCUGGCUCAGGGUCAUUCCUCCUGGCGAACACGCGAUCGGUGCAGCAGCCCGGAUUCAUAGGUCGGCUGACCGGACCCCCCCUCCCGGGACAGCAGAAGUACUGCCUGAGGUUUUAUUACGGUCUGACCGGCUUCAGCAGGACGGACAGCGCCCUGGCUGUCUACCUCCGCCACCUCAACACCGAGGCCCAGGAGAAGAUAUGGGCCGCCACCGCCAGCUCCAGGGAUGUCUGGACUGAGGUGGAUGUCACCUUCCAGAAGCCCCAGGCUGUCAAGGUGCUGUUUGUCAGCAUAUGUGAGAGCGUCUGGGACUGUGGGUAUGUUGCCCUGGAUGACAUCACUGUGACGCUGGGGGACUGCAGUCUAUCUACAGGGUGGUUCCUGUCCGUCCCGGGUCAGUGCGACUUUGAGACAGGAAGCUGCGGGUACACUCAGGAGCAGCAAGGUAACGUAGGUGGCUGGGUGCUGGCGAGAGGGCCGACGCCCACCUCAUACACCGGACCACAGGGGGAUCACACCACAGGGGUAGGGCGCUACAUGUACAUGGAGGCGUCCCCCAUGCUGCCCGGGCAGAUGGCGCGCCUGGUGUCGGCCGUGCUGCGAGGCUCCCGCCGGCCGCUCUGCCUGCUCUUCCACUUCCACAUGCUGGGCUCGGGAACGGGCCGGCUUAGUGUGUUCCUGCGGCGGGAGGGGGGGGCAGGCGGGGGGGGGCGGGACGACCUGCUGUGGAGCCGGCACGGGGAGCAGAGCAUCUCCUGGCUGAAGGCUUCAGUGGACUACAGCUGCCAUCACACCCACCAGAUUGUGUUUGAAGCUGUCAGGGGCACAUCAAUAAGAAGUGAUGUUGCAAUUGAUGACAUUGCCUUUAAAAAGGGACCAUGCAAAGAAGCUGGUGGCCUGCAUUCACUCUCCAGAUUCCCUGAGAAGCUCAAUGAGGUUGAGCAGUGA